AGUAGAAUUUUCUGGAUCAUAUUUGCGGCUACGUCCCACUUGCGCUAUCGUUGUGUAAACACAAUAGAACAAUAGGCAAACCAAGCUAAGAACUAAGAAGUCUUAGGAGAAAAUUCAUGAAAAAAUCCAACUUCAAUUAAUUCCACAAAAAAAGCAUCCGUUGCUUCUGAUGAAGACUAUCAAAACAUUGUAACAGACGGCAAAAUGACGAGUGUCGAUCGGUCUCACGACAAAUCUGAUUCUCACGACAAGUUUUGUUGGAAUUGUCAUCAUAAAUGCCUGAAAAUCUCAUGUCCGAAUUGCUUUCGAUCAUUCCACGAAAAGUGCCUGAAAUCGACCGAUGCUUUUCGUUGGAAUGACAAGGACAAGUCCCUGGUGAGCUGCACAGUUUGCACGGUCAAAGAAACGUCGAAAGAUGCCUGUGUCGGCAUGCAAGGUCAUCUGAAAAUGCUGAAGCACACGAUGGUCAACAUUCUAAACAAUCCAGACUUCCGCGUGUUCAAGGACUUGUCAGCAUUGAAGAAGGUAGCAAAUUACUGCGAUAUCGUCGUCAACCCAAUCGAUUUGGAUGAAAUUGAUCGAAAGAUUUGUCGUGAGCUCUACAAUAGCUUCUAUGCAUUCCUCGUCGAUAUUGAUUGCAUUUACCACAAUUGUUUCGUUUACUAUGGCGAACGUCACGAGCUCACGGAAAUCGCAAAAAGUUUGUUCAAAUUUUCGAAGCUCGAAACCGAAGCCAUUUCAAGUUGCGUCGAAUGUUACGAGAACAAACAUUUGUAUCCAACGGAAUGGCGUAUGAUGACAUGCAACAAGCCACAUUUGGUUCUAUGGGCAAAACUCGGUCGAUCAUUAACCUUUUGGCCAGCUAAGAAAGGAUUCACACAUUGGCCAGUGAAGUUGAUAAGCAUCAUUGGUGAUGAACUCAAAGUCGUUUUUUUCGAAUCAUCCGAAUUUGUUAAUAUUUCGGCACACGACUCUUGGAUUUACUCCACAAAACAUGCGACUGCAUUGAACCAGCGAUUCUACGAUCCAAAUUACAUCUAUUUUGCUUUGAAGGAGGUCAAUCUGUAUGGGAAAAAUGUCGAAACAAAGUUCGGCCGUUUCCAGACUGAUUUGGCGUGCAUUAGAUUCGAUCGAGAUCACCUGAAUGAUCACAUGGCUGCAAUGUUCCCAGAAUACAAUGGCACUUCAUCCAUAUCCCAGUCACAAGAAAACCUUCACCAAAAAUCGGAAUUGCCAAACGAUGACGAUAAACCGAUUCCUGAAAAGCGGCCACGAAUCUCAGUACAUGCAGCUCAACCUUUGAUUCCAACUUUGCAUACAUCGAUUGAAAACGAUUUAUCUGGGAGCAUUUCAGAUUCAUUAGUUUGGGAACAUUUCAAUGUGAAGCAAAUCAUCGAGGAAGGCUUCAAGGUGAUGAAUGCCAAUAUGAUGUCCAUCAUCGACAAAAACAUAAUGAAUCUGCUGAACUCCAGCAAAUCGAAAUUGGUGCAAGCAAUCCCGACAAAUCGGCAUGUCAAGGACAUUUCCGCUUAUCAAAAGAAGAAUAAAGAACUGUUCGAUAAACUUGAAGCGAUGACAUCCGAAGGAGAUGAGGCAAAAAGCAUGCUUGCCAAAGCAAAAGAAGGGCAUGCAGCGGAAAUUUGCACGCAGCAAGCAAAGCAUGAAAAAUUGGCUCAGAAGCUGCGAAAGGUGACAUCGGAACGGAAUGAAGCAAGAAGUGAAUUGGCCAAAGCGAUUCAAAAUCGUGCCAAGGAAACCACUUACGAAGCACAAUAUAAGGAGCUUGCUGGUAAAUUGCAGGCCAUAACAUCAGAACUGGCUUUGGCAAAAAAAGCACUGGUCAAAGCAAACGAAAAGCAUGCAAAGGAUAAAGGGUGUCUCAUGGAGACGGUCAAAAAAUACGAAACUGAUUUGAUUAAAGCCAAUCACCUGGUGAAUGACACGAUACAACAAUCCGAGAAAACUCCCAACAACACCAAAUUCGAGCAUGACAUCCAAAUGGAGAGUCUAAAAACAAAGCUUCAAGCUGAAUACAAUGAAUCAUCGCUGAAAUGUCAAAAGGAACGAGUGGUAGCUGAAAUUGACCAAUUCAAGAAAGAUCACAGCGCAAAAGUGGCCGAAAUGGAAAAUCAAAUGCAAACAGAAAAGCAUGAAUCGAUCAAAAAGGUCCAAUCAUCCGUCAAUCUUCGUCAAAAUCUACUAAAACAGUACAACGAUGCUCUGACUAGCUAUCGCACGAAACAUGCUGCCGACCUGAAGAAGCAACAGUCGCAAUUUUCUAUUCAGAUUGCAAAUUUGACCAAGAUUUAUUCCGAAAAGGAAGCGGACAUGGAAGAGAAGGCUCAAGCGGCUAUUGAAGCAAAGAAUCGCAUUGAAAAAGAGCUCGAAAACAAGUACAAGAAUAUUGUGGCCGGUGUUAAAGCCAACGCUGAAUUGGAACGUUCGCAAAUCGUUCAACAAGGUCUUACACGUUGCAUGUGCUGCAAAAAUCUACUCAAAGUCGAAUCAUUUUGCAAUGAAAAAUGCGCUCGAAUGUGGACAUCUUGGGCGAAGAAGGACUCAAAUCAGACAGAUAAAUGAUUUGAAAAAUUCAUCAGACACAUGAUACCAUCAGAUCAGAAGUUACAACAUAAUACAUACCACAAAUAAUCAAUUCCAAUCCCACAUAAACUCAACGAUAACCAGUCUUUUUAUCACCAAAAAUUAAAGUUAAUUCAAUUUUUUGCAUGACAAUUUAAAAAGUACAAAUUUCUUAGUACAAAAUUUACCAUUGUAUUUCCCUCAAACUUGAACGAAUUUCCAAUUUGCUGGGAUUUAUAAAUUGUAAUUUAAAUUUCAAUUUUCUUUUGAAGAAAAAAUGUUUGAUUCUCAUUUCUUUAAAAUGUGAUGAAAAAAACACAAAUAAAUUGUAAUUAAAAACAUUUUUAUUGAAUAAUGAACAAAAUAAAAAUAUUCACAAGUUUUCCUGUAAAAA